AUGCCACCACUCGAUAUCCUUCUCACUGAACAGCCGAAUCUUACAUAUGGACAAAAUAUUGAGCCAGAUAUAUUCCCAAGAAGAUGCUUUCCAGACCCGUGCAAGCAUAUAAAAUUCAAUCCCGAAUAUGCAGACUCAGUGUGCGGAGACCCACGGCUUGGACCGCUGACCCUACCAAGCCGUUUCCCCGUGUCGGUUGAAACAGCGACAUAUUAUAGAUAUGGUGGCCUCUGCGCGGAUGAGUUCAUUUUAAGAUGGGCUGGGGACUUAGACCCAAAGAAGUGGUUCAAUUAUCCGGACUUUGACGGCUUCGCACUCGACUCUCAGGGCAAACCAAUAAAGGCUGAAGUGACUCUGACUGUUGGACGAAAAGUGGACCGAUUUGGGAGCCCAAAGGGCAAGUUUGUUGCGCCUUUGGGAUCGUCAUAUAUCUCGCGUUCGCUGCCGCCGUCAAACCUCGCACCAGGCAAAACAGGAAACUACCCGGACAAUUAUCACGUCUAUAUGGUACUGAAACCAUUCUCGGGUUUCUUAGGUCCGGUAGCUAGCUGGUUUGGCCAACCAGGCCUUGGUUCGCAGAUUCACCUUAAGUCUAGCGUUGAGGAGCUGCUCACCGGAGGCUUCCUGCGAGAGUUGAGGGAGGAUGAGUACGAUGAACCGUCCGAAUACUCAUAUGACCCUAACCCCGGCAAGGCAUAA